AUGUCGUUCGAAGCUUCUCGCUCACAAGAUUCUUUAAUUCACUCCAGGAACCAAGAGGACCAGCCUAAAGACUCAGCCUCACAGUUAAACACUGGAUUUAUCUCUCUAAUCGAGUCAGCGCAGGCGCCAAGCUACCAACAAGGCUUUCCAACCCAAACGACGACUUGGUCAUUUAAUGCGCCAGCGCCAGAACCAGGUCCAACACAUAACUUUUCAACCUCUCUGCAAAGCUCUCAUAAUUCAACGGCUUCGCUAGACUCUAGCGCCAAUAUUCCAUCUUCUAUUCUGCAUUCCGAUACCUCACUUGCUGGACAGAGUGACCAGCCCUCUUUUGACAGUAUUGGCCCUGAAGAACAGUUGACUGACGACCAAGGAAGUGGCCUUGGUAUAACAUCAUACCCUAUGUCCGUAGCAUCAGAGACAUAUUUCGCUGGCCCGAUGCAGCCUCACUCUCAACAUUAUGCCUGGACCGAUCGCCCUUUUCAACCGCUGCAGUCGCCCCCAGGGAACAUGAACCAACAGUUCCCACCUCCGAAUCCACAGCCAUAUCCCCCAACUGGAUACCCAGUCGGUUAUAGCGGACAGACCGGUGGGCCUCUAUCUAAUUAUCACCAAGACCUCCCGGCACCAUCAUCAUAUCUUUCUACAGCGCCUGGUAGCGCUCAACGACAGCAUCAAACUCGCAGCCCAUCGACAUCUCGGCAUUUCCCUCCCCAUUCAGCUGCUGGGCACAUGCCCGAUCAAGCGCUUUUGCCCUCUUCACCCCCUUAUAAUAUGAUGGGCCAGCCUCCAUACUAUCAUCUUCCAGAAGCACCACCAGUUCCAUCUUCUCAUCAUUCCUCGAUCAACUCGCACACAUCUUCAAUGAUGCACGAUCCCAUAUAUUCCCACGACUCGGUAAACGCCGCUUCAAACAAAGAACAUCAGCUUCAUGCGAUGAGCUCGCGACCAAGACCGCAGUGCUGGGAUCACGGCUGUAAUGGUCGAGAAUUCUCGACAUUCAGCAAUCUUCUUCGACACCAGCGCGAAAAGUCCGGUGUGGUCGCCAAGGCAGAGUGUCCUGUGUGCGGAGCUGUGUUUACCCGCACGACGGCGCGCAAUAUUCACGUUGCCCAGGGCAAAUGUAAAAGCGCGGGAGGAGAAUCGUCGACUGAGUGA